AUGUCCUUUCCGCCACCUCCAGGUCUCAAACAAGCCCCGUCUUCGCUACCUCCGAGGCCGCCCCCGCCUGUCAGCUCAGUGCAUGGCGCAACGGUCAAGCCCGCCUACGCCGCCGCUCCCUCGUACUCUCCCGGUGUUAACCCUGGAUAUGCGUCCGCUGCGUCGCGGGGGACUCCCGCCCCGUUCACUGCAUUCCAACCACGUUCCGUAGCCUCCAGCCAGACCCAUCGUACUGCUAGUCCUGUGGUUUCUGCUCCGCCCACCCCUCUAUCGGGGUUCCCAUCUUCUACUAUGAGCUACGGAGCGGACUACCAGCAGUCGCCGCAGGCCUACCAGGCUGGCCCUACAUACUAUGGACAACCGCAAUACAACGCCAAUGCAUACGGUCCAUCUGUGCCCAAGAUUCAAAAUCCAUUCACUCCCGCAGUUCCAGACCAGUCGAACACGUAUGCAGCGCGCGGGAGAAACCCUGGACGCCACGACCCCAACUUCGAUCCAGAAACAGAGGCCCAGAUUGCGCAAUGGCAGAGUGCCUACAUGAGCCGGGAGGAGGCUGCGCCGGUAGGCAAGGGAACCGGUCGUCGGGAGGGAAUGCCGGCGGCGAUGAGCGUCAACACCAUGGGAUCCAGCGUGCCAACCGGAAGCACCAGCAACACGCCUGUCAGUGCGCCGACGCCGGUUUCUGCUAAUCCGGAAGCACCGCAGAAAACGGUUGUCCGCUCCGGUGGCGGACAGACCUGGACCGAUCCAACACUGCUGGAGUGGGAUCCAGCGCAUUUCCGGCUGUUCGUAGGCAACCUCGCGGGCGAGGUGACCGACGACUCACUGUUGAAGGCGUUCUCUCGAUUCCCCUCUGUCCAGAAAGCGCGAGUGAUCCGCGACAAGCGCACGCAGAAGAGCAAGGGGUAUGGAUUCGUCAGCUUCAGUGACGGGGAUGACUACUUCAAGGCGGCCAGGGAGAUGCAGGGGAAGUACAUUGGCUCGCAUCCGGUCUUGCUCAGACGUGCAACCACCGAAAUCCGACCGAGCUCAAAUCAGUCUGGGAAGAAGCGUCACGGAGGCGGUGGUGCGGCCGGUGCCGGUGGGAGCGGAAAGAAGAGCAGCGGGGGAGUGAAGAAGCACGAAAAGACAAGGGGAGGAUUGAAGGUAUUGGGGUAG